AGCUGAUUGUCACUGCCACAAAUGUUCAUGUUCAUGUUUUGAUAAUUCCUGGGGGUAAAGUUCCCCUUCAUAAUAGAAAGAAUUACAAAAAAACCUCUCACCGACUAACUUUACGUAACUCCUUUAUUAAUUUUCCAUUUUAAUUUAUAGCUGACAUUGUCUUGGUUAAUUAUUAAAACCUAACCUAAAAAUGUCCAAAUUAUUUGGUUUAUAUGGUAAACUGUGUGCCACCCACCCCUGGGAAGUUAUAGUGGCGGUGAUUACCCUAACUGCCUGUUUUUUAUCUCUUGAAAAACAGGUAGGGACACCCAAAAAAAACCCUAUUUGUGUGGGAUGUUUUGAAGAGCAAUUCCAAGCUGCUGAUAUGGUUCUCAUGACUAUUAUACGCUGCCUCGCAAUUUUGUACAGCUACCAUCAGUUCAGGCACUUACAGAAGAUGGGAUCAAAGUAUAUACUAGGGUUAGCAGGGAUGUUCGUGGUAUUUUCCAGCUUUGUUUUUACUUCAACCCUUUUAAACUUUUUACACAUUGACUUGGUGGACCUCAAAGAUGCACUGUUUUUCUUUUUAUUGCUGAUUGAUUUGUCUAAAGCGGCAGUUUUGGCACAAUAUGCCCUAACUGCUUCAAGCACUGAAGAAAUAGGUCAGCAGAUAGCUAGAGGAGUCUCAGCUCUUGGCCCCACAUUGACCCUGGAUACUAUUGUGGAGACUCUUGUAAUUGGUGUGGGGACCCUAUCAGGUGUGCAUAGGUUAGAAAUGCUCUCUUACUUUGCUUGUUUAUCUGUAAUAGUCAACUAUGUCAUAUUUAUGACAUUUUAUCCAGCAUGUUUGAGUUUAAUGCUCGAGCUGGCCAGGGUGCAUAAUUAUUAUGGGGAAAAUGAACUGAAGGUGAGAGAAAAACUCCUGAAAGAGAAUGAAAAAGCCAACCCAGCAGUGCAAAGAGUAAAAUUGAUAAUGUCCUUUGGGUUAUUGGCAGUGCAUGUGCAGAGCCGCUGGUCCCUUACAGAUGAGAACACAAAUUCAAUAAACAAUUUAAAAGAGGCUGUGAAUUGCUCAGAUGAUUCAUCCUUAUAUGGGAUGGUCAUGAAGCAAUUUGUUAUUGGUGCAGACCAUAUAGUAAUUCUAAUAUUACUCUUAACACUUAUGGUGAAAUUUAUCUUUUUCAAAUCAAAGGACCAUAUAAAAGAGCACUUGGAACAAGAUGUUUUAUUGGAAAUCAAACGUGACAUCCAAAAAAAGGGACACAUAAGAACCACUUCAAUAAAUGCAGAAUCUCAAACUGAUGAUUCUAUAAAAUUUUUGGAAUAUGAAGAUGGGGUCAAUGAUAAAGAUACUGAUGUCCCCAGAAGUCUUCAAACUUGUCUGGAAAUCUUCCGGAACGACACUGGUGCCAAAGAGCUCUCUGAUAAAGAAAUCAUGAUGUUGGUGGACACCAAACACAUUCCUGCCUACAGCUUGGAAAUGGCAGUGAAAAACCCUGAAAGGGGAGUGAAAAUCAGGAGAAAAAUCAUAUCGAACCAAAUGAAAAUGCAAUCUGCUUUCCUUAAUAUGCCUUAUCAACAUUAUGAUUAUAGUAAAGUGAUGGGGGCUUGUUGUGAGAAUGUUGUGGGAUAUGUUCCUGUACCAUUAGGGAUUGCUGGACCGCUUUUGUUGGAUGAUAAAUUUUAUUACAUCCCUAUGGCUACCACUGAGGGGUGUUUAGUUGCAAGUGCUAAUAGAGGUUGUAGAGCCUUAGAAAAAACGGGUAUAAAAUCCCGUAUAGUAGCAGACGGAAUGACCCGCGGUCCGGUGGUACGUUUCCAGUCGAUCACCCGUGCCUGCGAGGUGAUUUAUUGGCUUAAAAAGCGCGAAAACUUUACCAAAGUAAAAGAACAGUUCGAUUCCACGAGCAGAUUCGCCCGGUUGUCGAAGGUGUCAACUCACAUAGCCGGCCGAUGUUUGUUUAUCAGAUUCGUAGCGGAAACCGGAGACGCCAUGGGCAUGAACAUGAUCUCAAAAGGCACCGAAAAAUCUUUAACUUACAUUAAAUCCCAUUUCGAAGACAUGGAGAUUUUAAGCUUAAGCGGUAACGUGUGCACAGACAAAAAACCCUCUGCCAUCAACUGGAUCGAGGGCAGAGGUAAGUCUGUGGUAUGCGAGGCCAUUGUUCCAGCUAAUAUUGUUCACAGUAUACUGAAAACCACCACGCAUGCGCUAGUUGACUUAAACAUAUCAAAAAACAUGGUUGGCUCUGCAAUGUCGGCUGCCAUUGGUGGUUUCAACGCGCAUGCGGCCAACAUAGUUACAGCUAUUUAUAUAGCAACAGGGCAAGAUGUCGCUCAGAAUGUCGGAAGUAGCAACUGUAUCACCCUUAUGGAACCCUGCGGUGACAAGGGAGAAGACUUACUUAUAUCUUGCACCAUGCCCAGUGUUGAAAUUGGAACGGUGGGAGGCGGUACAGUAUUGCCAGCCCAAGGAGCCUGCCUAGAAAUGUUAGGGGUAAAGGGCGCGCACAGUGAAAUUCCCGGUGAUAAUGCCAAACAGUUGGCGAAAAUUGUUUGUGGUGCCGUUUUGGCCGGGGAGUUAUCACUUAUGGCCGCUCUUGUGACGGGGCAUCUUGUCAAAAGUCAUUUGCGAUUAAAUCGUUCUUAUUCCGAAAAAGACUCCCCGUUCAAAAAAUCAGUUAGGGGAAGUUCGUCAUGUCAAACAUAACGCAGUUUCAGUACGGUUAGGUAAUUUGUUUAGGAUGACAUUUUUAUCUUAAGGGCUUUGCCAAUGAUUCAUUGUUUUUCUUUUAUUCUCAUACAUGUGUACCAUUGUAAUAUUUGCAAAAAAAAGACUGGAGGACAGACAUGCCUGUUUGGAAACCAAAAUAUUUCAAAGGAAGACACCAUGUAUCUACCAUCCAAAGGCUCAACUAUUGUAUUUAUCAAGUGAUAGCUAUUUAUAUGUUGAUAAUGUAAAAGUGUAUUAAAUGUACAUAUAGAAACAAAA